CGAGAAAGCGUCCCCGUAUCAACGAUUAUGCAUGUUCUUGGAUAAACUGAUCAGUUUACUGAACUAGUCAUAGAUUAUGUGAAGCAUCUUCCAUACAAGUCCCUGUGAAUGAGCUGCUGCUAUAGAAAUAGUAAUGUAUUAGAAUGAGUGCAUGAAUAUAAACAUGUUAUUUGUGCUGUGGUAUAAAGUAAAAUAAAUCAGGGAAUACACUACUGUACACUAAUGUUUUGGCCAUAGGAGAAUGAAAUGAUUCCUCUUUUCUCUCUGCUGCAGACGAUGAUGCCCUCUGAUCUCCUCAUCCCCGGGUGGCUGCAUCACCUGCUCGUCGUGCUUCUGAAGCUCAGCUUCUCCUUUGCCUCCCCUUUAAAAGUUACCAACGGGACAGAGUGCACGGCUCGAGGCCCCGCCUCUUACAUCCUAGUAUUCACUGGCCAAUGGAGCCCGCAGAUGUUCCCGAAACAGUACCCUUUAUUCCGACCCCCUGCACAGUGGUCCAAGCUUGUAGCUGUCACCCACAAUGAGCGGUACAGGUUGUGGCAGGAAGGAUCAAUGGCAAGCCCCGGUGUACAGAGUUUUGCCGAGCUCGGUGUCACGGUCGAGCUGGUAAAGGGGGCAAAAGAAGCAAGGAAGAGGAGGGUAGCGGGCUCCAUGUACCGCACUGCAGGGAUCCCAUCUGGAGUUGGCCACAGCUCCACUGAACUCGUUCUGCAGCCCAGGAACCCACUGCUCUCCUUGAUGGUGAAAGUGAUUCCCAGCCCUGAUUGGUUUGUAGGGGUGGACAGCCUAAACCUGUGCGAAGCGGGGCAAUGGAAAGAGGAAGUGACUUUCGACCUGCACCCGUUCGAUGCCGGGACGGACAGCGGUUUCACUUUCUCUUCGCCCAAUUUUCCCACGAUGCCCCCUGAGAACAUCACAAUGAUCACGUCUCAGAAGCCGAAUCAUCCUGCAAACUCGUUCUACUACCCACGGCUGCCUGAGCUCCCGCCACUAGCCACAAUCUGGCUGAAGAGACAACCUCGCUCACCCAUCCGUCAACACAACCACGUGUCCAAUCACAUCCUGCCUCAACUCAGCAAAGCCCCACAAUUUACAGAGACGCCGCUGGACUGCGAGGUCUCCAUGUGGUCGUCCUGGGGGCUGUGUUUGGGACCGUGCUCCAGAGGAGGAGUGCGCCAUCGUACCCGCUACAUCCUGUUGAAACCUGCUAACAGCGGCACCCCCUGCCCCGAGCUGGAGGAACAGGCCGAGUGCACACCACACAACUGCCUGGUGCAGCAGUGAUGCCCAUUUACGUGCUGGCACACACACACACAAUAUGCACAUACACACACACACACACACACACACACUAAUGCAGCAGUUCAGCCUCGAAGAAUUCAGCUUACAAAGAGAGACAGAAAAAAAAUAGCGUUUCAACAGAUAACCAGAUAAUUUGCAGACAUCAUUAUUACAGAGAGUUGAUUUUUUUUUGGAAAAUGUCAAAUGUUAUGGACAGGAUAUUUCCUUUUAUUAUUGUUAUAAUAAUAAUAAUUAUUAUCUAAAUUUUGCAACAGCACUGAGACAAAAGUACUUCAGUUGUGGAAUGAAUUGACCAACAGUGCCCUAUACUAGUACACUUUAAAUAAUCCCACUAAGACUGAAAUCUUAUACUGGGCCAAUUAGGAUGAGUUUCUUAACAUUAUUAGGCUGACAGUCUCCGUAACAUAAUCUUAUAUUAUUAUUAUUAUUAUUGUUUGGUUUCCUCCACAGCCUUUGAAAAGUUGUAUAUAUGAUGUAUUUAAUCAUUUUCUCCUUUUAAUAAAUGUGGAGUUGUUUCCUCAAACCCGAGGACUGUGUGAGCUAAAGAUACUUGGAGAUGCAUCACGAUAUAUGUUUGCUAACAAACCGACAGCAACGUUGCUUAAAUACUAUAAAACGACUCAAUUCUAUGAUGCACUUAUUUGAAUGUUUACGAACGUCAUUUAUUUAAUACUGAAUCAAAGUUUGGAAUUAGACUAUAACGUCUUACAAUUUAAAAGCGGAGUGAAUGAACGAAUGAAGAUGAAAAUAUUUAGAAAGUAAUAAUAAAGGGAGGAGAUUCAAGGAGAACAAUUUCUUUACAGCAGUCGUACUUCAUCGACAAUUGCUAUUGAAAUAUUCAAUUGUUUAAAGAAGCCAUUUGUCAUUUUUAGAGCUUCUCCCUAUCAGUGCACUUCCAAACAAACCCCUGUUGCAACUAUAUCUACCUUGUACAUUGCCUUUUAAGGAAAAGGGGCAGGGCUGGUGUUCUGAC